AUGGCCUCGCCGCCAAGCUACGAGAUGGAGCCUCUGACGACGGGGUUUGAGGCUCGGAACGCGCUGAUUGAGAAGUCGAUUGAGGUUGUCGAGGACGAGACCACGCCUCGUCGACGAGAUCCUUAUGCCAAAUGGAAGACGACGCUGGGUGUUGGCGCUGGUUUGGCGACGGUGGUGCUGGCGACGAAUGUUGGUGUGCUGGCAUGGGCUAGGUCUUUUGAUGGGAAUGGAGAGGGGAGUGCAACGGUUUUUCAAGGCUCAUGCGAUAUCAUGGAGAAAGUGACUAUCGGCGCUGAACUCGCCGUCAAUAUCUUGAGUUCUUUGCUGCUCGGCGCGAGUAAUUACGCUGCUCAAUUGCUUUCGGCUCCGACGAGGAAAGAUCUUGACCGGCAGCAUGCUCGUGGGAAGUGGCUUGAUGUCGGCGUUUCCAGUGUGAGGAAUCUCAGACAUCUGCCGUACUGGCGGACGGCGAUUUGGGUGAUGCUUGUGUUCAGCACUGUUCCGCUGCAUCUGCUAUACAACUCUGUGAUAUUUACCUUUCGCUCGGCGGUCGAUUACCAAGCCGCUCUUGCCACCGAAGACUUCCUCCAGGAUGGAUAUUGGAAUCAGACCGAUGCACAAUCUGUGCUGGGCGCCAACGUGCAGCAAAUCGCCCAGCUGGCACAGCACGCAGACAACUUAACACGCCUCGAAAACGAUGAGUGCCUGCAAGCGUACGCGACUUCCAUGUUCGAAACGAGUUGGCGGAACGUCCUGGUCAUGGCAAAGCUUAAGAGCACCAACAGCAGCCUGAUCAACGUCUACUCGCACUCAGCCGCCGCAACGGAAAAUGAUCUCAACUGGGUCUGCCACGGGGAUAUCAACAACCUGUACGCUCCUGAGUACUCGAGCUGCGGCUCGGACGUCCUACAUUCGGGUGCGGCCUGGACGAUCCCCAGAGUUCCUGGAUGUCCGCAGAAUCAGGAUACAAGAUUCGGAUAUCCCUACAACCUCCUCGAUGGCUCGGAUGACUGCCCUAACUUCAUUGAUGUUGGGGUGGACUACUGUCUUGCGGAAUCGUUCGCGCCGCAGUGCACGAUUGAUGUUAGCACGAGGCUGCUCGUUGGAGCGAUUGUUUGCAAUAUUGUUAAGAUUCUUUGCAUGCUGGCCGUGCUUUACGCGAGGGAUUUCAGGCCUAUGUUGACGAUUGGGGACGCUAUUACUUCGUUUAUCGAGCGCCCGGAUCCUGUGACUGCUGGGAAGGGAGCACUCGAGGUGGGUGCUGUGACCAGUGGCGUGUGGCGGCAUUUUGAUCGACACCCACCCAUGACCUGGACGAAACAGAGAAGGCGGUGGUGGUAUGCUGUUCCACGGCUACAGCUUAACCUGACCUUCUUGAUUUGCUUUAUCCCCUGGCUCACCACAAUUGUCAUCCUCAUCAAAAUCUUAACCCCCUCCCAGAAAUGCCUCUUCUCAACCUUCGGCGCCAUCGACACAAACAAUAUCGUAUCGAAGACCCUCGACGGAGGCCUCAUCGCCAACGUCGUCCUCGCAAACACACCUCAACUCAUCAUCACCUUCGUCUACAUCUUCUACAACGACGCCUUCACACGCAUGCUGCUCAACAUCGAGUACAUCAACUUCGCCACGACCCGCAAAGCACUACGAGUCAGCCGCCCACAAGGCCAGCAGCGCUCGACUUACUGGCUUCAGCUCCGCUACCGCUACAGCAUCCCCAUCAUGUGCGCCAAGGUUCUCCUGCACUGGCUCGUCUCGCGCAGCAUAUUCCUCGUCCGCAUUACGAUCUAUGACAACGAAGGCCUCCGCGUCCCCACGAGGGAUAUCAACGCCUGUGGCUUCUCGCCCUUAGCUAUCCUGCUCGCUUUCUGUCUCAGCACGCUCAUGAUCGCCGCGCUGGUUGGGAUAGGGCGUUUCCGAUCUUUCGAGGCGGGGAUGCCGGUUGCGAGUGCUUGCUCUGUGGCAAUGAGUGCGGCGGUGCAUUUUCCAGAAGGGCAGAGUGAGGACGCGGCUCUGUUGCCGUUGAUGUAUGGGGUCGUUCCUGGAUUUUCAAGGAAUGGGGCACGGCAGGAUGAGGACGGGUGGAGGCGUCAGUGGAAUCCGACUUUCCCUCGUACGGAGCAUGUGAGCUUCUCAAGUCGGGAGGUGAAAGAGCUGGAGAAUGGGAGGAUAUAUUGGUGA